UUGGUUGGAAAAAUGAAGAGGAAACUAUCGAAAGGAAGGAAAGAUAGAAAAGAAAUAGAAAGAGUUACACCGUUCCACGUUCGGUGGGGGGUAAAAUGUGAUGUGUGAGUGAGAUAGACGAUCGUGUCAAAGAGAGAGAGAAAGAGGAAGAGAGAAAGAGUGGGAGAAAGAGUAAGAGAGAGAGAAAGAGAGAGAGAGAGGGCUCGCGAUCUCGAUUACGAGAAGCAUCGAGCGCGCCACUCGCACUUGCUCUCGAGACACCGACUCGGUAACUCCGCGCAGUGCUCCUUGUCUCUCAUUCGAUCUCUGUUUUUGUACUAUGUAAACAUCGCUGGUCUGUUUUGUCAGCACGCGUACGAGACAUUGUCGGUUUAAUAUAGUGACAUUAUUCGAAGAAUUAUUUAUCACGUGUCAUUACGAUCGUGACUUUUCGUGUUAUUACAUUUUUUUCACUGUUUCUCUCUUUCUCUCUCUCUUUUUCUCUCUUCCUCUCUCUCUCUCUCUCUCUCUUUCUCUCUCUCUCUCUCUUUGUUUUUCUUUUCGUUCGUUUAAUCGUGUCUCUUCAUUUUCCUACGAAAUAAUCCGAUUGAGCCCGAUCAAUGCCGAUCGUCUUUCCGCGAAAUGCGUGUUCCGAAAAGUGAUCGUCAACGAAUGUUAUAUUUACGUCGUAUCGAUGAGAAAAACGGUAGUGUACGAAUGAAAGAAAUCUAAUUAAAUUAAGAAGAAAUUUCUUGUCAGAGAGAGAGAGAGAGAGAGGGUGGAGGUGGAGAGGGUGGAAGAAAAGAGCUGUCAUUAUUACAAAGUGGAAAAAAAAGAAAGAAAAUCAAUUGGAGGUUAAAAUCGAUUCGACGAGGCAUAUCCAACGAGAGAGAGUGUGUGUUCAUCAAGGAACUACUUUUGUCGGAAAGAAGAGGGAGAGAGAAGGAACUACGAAAAAGCUUCGGCCCAAAUAGAAAAAUUUCUCUGUUUGUUCAACUCUUCAGCAUUCGAGUUUCAGCUUUGAGGUUGAAAAUAAUCUGUGGGACUGGGACUCUUGGAAGGUGCUUCUUGGAAAAACGUGGGAAAGGGAACGUGAUCAUCGAUGGAAGAUGGAUAACGAAUGAUAUUCAUCGUCAGAGAGACGACUAGUCCGGAAGAUGGGUAACAACGGUAGUUCCCAUCAACAGUGUCCCUCGAACGGGCUAUCUCAAGAUAUGGCACGUGGAUGGACUCAAACCUUCCCUCGAGAACUGUCGAAACACCAUUCGCAGCCGCCUGGACAUAAGGUCCUCCCAGAGCCACCCAAUCAAAGGCUCCGUGCAACCAAUAAUGGUAGUAUUAUUCACAACGGCGGGACCAUAAGUGGACGCAGACCUUCGGCGCAGACGUUGCCACACGAUCUUAAUAAGCAAGGAGUCUUUCGUAGCAGAAGUACAUCGGCGUCGAACAUUGGUGUAUCUAGAUCACGGAAGUCCGAUCAUCACUGUUGUCAUUAUCAAAGCGAUUCCCAUUGCAUGGAUAAUGAAAUGCAGGAAUUGAAAAGAUUUGGUAGCGAGCCAGACCUGAGAUAUUCGCCAACGGAACGUUGCAAUACGACUAGUAGACAACACCACGGUUUAGAACGUCGUCAUUGUACUGGUUAUUAUCCUGAAAGGGAUUCCAGAGAACGGGAGAGUCGAUACAAAGGCAAGAAAAAGUACAAAGCACCGGCACCACCUGGCAAUGUAAUGGCUGACGGUUCGUCACCUGACUCUUACAAGUGGGAACUUGGUCAGGAUAAUAGUCGUUGUAGACACGAGGAAGAAGUCCAGCCGCCACCCAGGAGGUCACGGCUUUUUAAGACUAGAGCGGAAACGAAGAGGGCACAGAUCAGUUGGAUGCCCAACUUGUCCACGCAAUCCCACCAGGAACGUAACGAGGCAACACUCGAGAACGAAAGAAGGUGGAGGAACGAACGUUCUUCUAUUAGCGAGAAUAAGAGGCCAUCCUGGCGGGAACAGGAUCAACAGCAGCAGUCACAACAGUCGCAAUCGCAACAACAACAACAGCAACAGCAACAGCAACAACAACAUGAUCGAUGGUGCAGAGACGAGUUGAGACGUUCGAAAAGAUUCGAUGGCAAAAACACACUUCAAAGGAGUAUGAGCAGUCCUGAGUUCCAGGCGGAACUGAUGCAGGUAGCUAGGAAAGUGAGGAAUAAGUUGAACUGUGGUAGGAAAUCGGCCAGUCCUCUUGAUUCCUCUAACGUUGCGUCCUUAGAACGUAAGAAUGUGGAGCCUUCUAAGAGCACGAAAGAAAAGUUGAUCAACGAGGAACAUAAAAAGACGGAAAAGAAAAACUCCAAGACGACAACCGUCGAGGAACGAACUGUCGAAGGUAUCGUCGAAGAUAGAAUCGUUUCGCGCAUGAACGAGGAGAGAAGACUUAUAGUGGAAAGAUGUAGCAGAAUGGAAAACAAGAUGAUCUCGUACGAGGAACGUAGAAAUGAUGUAGGAAGGAGCAAGGAUUGCUCAAAGGAACGAGAAGAUAAUGGAGUAGUUAAUAAGAAGAGGAACGUUGAGAGGUCGACAAAUUUCGAAGAUGAAGCUACGAAUCAAGGGAAAAAGCCAUCGAAGGAGAGGCUCGAUACGCUUGGACAUUCCAUCGAAGAUAGAUUUUCGGACAAGCAAAGAAGAGAUUUUGAGGAUUAUCAAAGAUCAAAUGAUCCAGCGAAAAAUCAAAAAUUUGAGGAUGUCGUCGAUACUGGAAGAAGCAGAUCGGAAAGUCCAAUAAGACAUCGCAGUAGAGAUAAAUUCAAUGCUCGAGGACAAGGAUCUGGUAGGGAAAGUACGCCGGAACCACAGGAACAUAAAGGAAGGGACAAAGAAAAUUCAGAUCCCAAGUGGUGUAAAAAAGAGACAAAAAUGAAUGAUAUUAAGAAUAUUGAAAAGAGAUGGUCGGAUGGUGAGAUAUUGAUAGAGAAGAAGGAUCCAAACGCCAAAGAUAAACUCACGAAAAUUUCAGAAACGAAGGAACCAGUCGAUAACUGGCACAUAUUACCACGUACAGAAAAAUCAACGCCAAAGACCUUCUAUUUUGGCAUGGAUGAGGCCUUAUCCAAAGAAUCACGAAAUAGCGUAGACCAACAAAUCCACCACAUCCAGUCGAGAUUACAAGUUAGAGAAAUCAACAGAUCGAACGAAUACACCAUGGACGACGGUGACGAAAUAAAAAGUGGACCAGAGGAUAUCUCGUUGAAACUUCGACCUACGCUUCCGAAAAAGCAAUUAGAAAUACCAAGAUUUUCUCCCUCGGCAGCAUGGAGAUUAUUAUCAGCGUUGGAAGCACCUGGACCAACAAUGAGUACAGCUAGUGAAGAAAUUCCAGUCAUGUUCGAAGAAAGGAUCGAACGUUUAUCGAGGCCACCUCCGCCAUUGAUAGCUUUGGGACCUCGAAGUUCGCACGACAAAUCAGGAGAUUCAGGUAUUUCCGGAGACGCUGGAGCUGGUAACGACGAUUCUCUAGACGUUAGUACGAUGAACAGAAUAAAGACACCGGCAACGAGACCCACGUGGACUCCUCAACAAGAUCUAGGCGAAGAAUCAAGCAGCGAUGCUGGCGUAGAUUCCCCACCUCCAAUUCCAGCACCAUUAAAAUUUACACCGAAAGCUCACGUCUUUUCUCUCUCUUUGCCACGUGAUGACAACAGGAUGUAUCUUUAUAAUCCUGAAGCAAAGGGUAAGGAAGGAUCAGCGUUCAAUUCCCUGCAAAAGUUAAAGAGAUCGAUGUCAGGAGCAUUCGGUCUCGGUCCGUUGGAUCUCGAAAGGAAACGUGCCAGCGACGUACUCGAUGACAAUUGGCUAUUGUCCAGUAGUGCACCAACCUCAUUGCAACUCAAUCAAAUUACGGACGUGACUCGAUCUUCGCCUUCUGGAUGGAAACAAGACUUUGACGAUGAGGACGUUGAUGGCGAUGACGACGACGACGAUCAAGAAGAUUCCGAGGACAGAAACGACUUCCCUGUAAUCAUGAAACCUCCAUCAUUUUCUUAUUUAGCUUCCGGUGGUCAUGUCAUGUAUUUACCAGAAGCCAAUGGUACGAUAUACCAACCACAGAAUUUGAAUUAUAAGAACAACGGUCCUAUAAAGAAACAAAAUUUUGUUAAUUCCGCAUCGAAGUAUAAAAAAAAUGUCGUGGACGAUCUAAAAAAGUCUUCUAUGAUAGAGGAAAAAUCGCGAAAGUCAAAAAACUUGAGAUCCUUCGGAGAAAGGUCUUCCUUCGCUGAGAGAGGUAUUAAUUCGCAUAAUAGAUUUUCGAAUUUUUCAAAAUCCUGCGAAAAUAUAUCCGAGAUGAAACAGAGAAGCACGUCGCCUACCGUCGAGCAAUCACAGAAUGUGCAAGACAAUAAAGAAUCAUCUUCUGAAAUCAAAGCACCAACUAAACAUAAUUCGAAAGGUAAACGAUUUACGUUUCAAUCAACCGUUAGGCAAAUCGAGAGACGUAGAUUGGCUGAGAAAUUGUCUCGCGAGGCUGAGGCUAAAGAACGUCAGAGAAAAGGAGAACUCGAAGCUAUGAGGAAAGUCGAGGAAGAGUUUCAACGGAAACGGGCAAGAGAGAAAGCGAAUAUUAGACAACAGCUUCGAUUGUAUAAUAUGGAUGAACAUCUUAGUAGUUUGCCUUCUGCUUGGGAUACGUCACAAUUGUCUCGAGCUGAUCCCGAUGGUGCACCGUCAUCAUCAGCCUCGUCACCAACAUCUGCUCCGCUUGGAACCCUAACGGCAAAUCGUAAGAAUAGCGUUAGCAGCGACGAACAUCAUAGAAAAAGAGGCGCUAGUUCUGAAUCGAAACAACAACAGAAAAGAGAGUACAAAGAUUAUCGACCGAAAUACUACGCUUGGACGCCGGAAAAUUCAUCUCAUUUAGAGUAUAAACAGACCACUGUACAUCCAAAAGUCAUUUGCGAUAUUCCAAAGAGUUCAGCGGUCUUUGUCGAUGCAAAUGUCCACGGUGGCAAAGCUACGAAUCUAAAUUCAACGCCUAGGUCUGAUAAUUACAGAAAGGAUUUCGCUCAUGGUGCCGUUGCAGCGAGGUCAUCCUUAGCCAGCAGCGAUAGUGAAUUAUCGCAACCAAAUACCAGGCCACAUUCUAGACAAACAGGAGGCAAAGGCAAACCUCUACGUUCUAGGUUUUAAAAUGAACGUAAAGUAAGUAGUUUUAACACUUCUAGUCAUCUAACAACGCUUUGAUUAAAACAAAACAAUCGGGCAUCGGGCUGUACGUGCUUCUCUACAUAAUUUACGUAUUGGGCUAGAAAGAAAGGUGCCUAUAUAUAAUAAUAAUACAUAGAUGGAUCGUAAUUCGUUGAGACAUUAAUUAAUUAUGAUGUGGCUUACACGAUUAAACGAAAUUAUGAUACUUUCUUGAAGGGAGAGGUAGAUAUAAAAUACAAAGAAAAUAUAAAUGAUGCAUGUAUAAGAAUCGAAGACAAAAAUGAAAAGAAUGAGAAAACGUUGAAUAGGUCGGCUAGCCCAGAACGAAGCGAGGAAGCCGCCAGUUCGGAGGAUGAAAGCCCAGUGGAACCAAUCAAGCAAGAACGGAAUCCCAUUAAUGGCUUUAUAUUAAACGGAGUUCAACCUUUUGUGAGGGAGAAGAGUUAUCGAC